CGUGUGCGCACGAUAAUAACUCGGCUCGUCCGGGCCUGCCAACAGUGUGGCCACUCUGUGCAACCUCUGCGAGUUCGUGCGGUACAUUUCCCCUUUAAGGAGGAGAGACAGCAGCGCAUUUCCUGUGAUGUAUUGAGUCGAGUCCUGGCCCGAGGGAAGGUUGCUCCUGGCCCGGGAGAGGUGCCUUGCUCGGCGGCAGCUCAGCCACCGAACCAAGGUCGGCCGCACUUCAGUGCUCAGGAAGCCCUGGCGGGAGGAGGCGGGUCGUGGGGGGGACACGUCCCGAGGAUGGCGCGGCCCAGCCACAGCGAAUACGUCCUUCAGCAGCUGAACAACCAGCGGGAGUGGGGCUUCCUCUGCGACUGCUGCAUCAUCAUCGGCGACAUCUACUUCCGCGCCCACCGCGCCGUGCUGACGGCCUGCAGCUCCUACUUCCGCAUGCUGUUCAUCGGUCAGCAGCAGCUGACGGGCGACCUCAGCCUGAGUCAGGCUCCCGUCACCGCCGAGUGCUUCGACCUCAUUCUGCAACUCAUGUACCUGGGCCGGCUGGUCGGCGUCCCCUCUGACUUCGAAGAGCUUCGCUCGGCCAUGACCUUCCUGCAGCUCUACUACGUCCCCCGGAGUCUGGAGGAGGUGCGGGAGGACAGUGCCCCCUCCCCGCCCUUCGGCCCGCCUAGAGGCUCCAUGCUGUUCGGCGUCCGAAUGCACGGCCUGCUGCCGGGUGAUGGCAAGGUGCCCAGGGCCGGGCCCAAAGAUCAGGCUGGUGAUUCGGAGCUGAACGGGAUGAGAGAGGCAGCGGCGGUGGCCGACGCCAGCCCCGACAGGCCCAGCCGCAAGCCGAGCCGGGGCAAUGGGCUGAAAGGGGGCCGGCUGCACCGGCGGUUUGGCCGCCGCUACACCUGCGACCGCUGUGGUUUUGUCUUCAGCUGCGAGCGGCUGCUGGACGAGCACUCGCUGACCUGUGACAGCCGCCGGGCCCUGCCCCAGCCCGGGGAUCCGCCGCCGGCCCGCGGCAGGGGGACGCUCACCCUGGACACCAUGGCAACAGCCGGGGAAGGAGGAGGCGAGGGAGAGGCAGACUGCACACGGCCUGAGGUCAAAACAGAGCCCGAGGACACAGCGGCCACCAACCUUGGUGAUCUGACGGUUGUGCAAGUGGCGGCUGAGGGCGAGCUGACUCCCGGCUUGGAGGAAGACUUGUCACCACCUUACAGCCACUUCGGCCAGCCGCCCCCUCCAGAGCGGGACCCGGGAAGCUGGACGGAUGAGGAGGAGGAGGACGAGGAGGAGGACGGAGGCCUAAAGGAGGAGGACGAGGGAGCGGGGGCAGGUGGCAGCCCGCUGGGCCCGGCCUGUGAGCUGUGCGGCGUGGCGCUGCCCGAGAGUGAGCGGGCUGAGCACUAUGUGGCCCACCACCGGGAGAGCGUGUGCGCCUGCGGCAAGUGCGGCCGCGUCCUGGUGAAAGGCGGCCGCCUGCAGGAGCACGCCGAGCGAUGCCUGGGUACCGGCGAGCAGGGCCUGGGCCUGGAACAGCCGCCGGAGGAGGCCUGCGCCUGCCCAGUGUGCGGGCAGGCCUUCCCCGCCUCGUGGCAGCUGGAGGAACACAUGCAGGAGCAUCAGGUGGCCGAGGAGACGGUGGGGGUGACCCCUGAUGCCACCUACCGCUGCCCUCACUGUCCGCUAGCCUUCGAGGAGGAGCGGCCGUGGGCCGAGCACAUGGCGCGAUGCGGGCCGAGCCCGCCCGGGCCAGAGGGGGGGUCGUCGCCCCGCCGCCGGCAUGUCUGCCAGCUGUGCGGCCGGGGCUUCUACCAGCGCUGCCACCUGCGAGAACACCAGGCCACGCACACCCGGGAGCGCGAGUUUACCUGCCCGCUCUGCGGCAAGAGCUUCCUGCGCGAGCGGCUGCUGCGGCUGCACCUGGACAUGCACAGGGGCGAGGCCCGCUACGUGUGCCCGUGCUGCGGCCAGGGCAGUUACCGCAAGCAGGAGCACCUGCGGCACCUGGCCUCGCACCUGGUCGCUGGGCAGGCCCUCUGCGAAGUCUGCUUCCAGGUGCAGGCCGAUGGCCGCAUGCUGGAGCGCCACAUGCAACUGCACAUGCAUACCUGCCCGCAGUGUGGUGACCGCUUCAAGCUCAAGAAGGACCUGAGCACCCACCAGCUCACCAGCCACACCAAGAGGGCAUGACACGGGGGGCAGAGGUAGGAAGGAGAUGCCUGCCUCUGGCAACCCCAUAGUCCCACCCCCCAGGGGCAACCUUGCUUGUCCUGAUUGGGUCUGGCCUCUGAUAUGUGUCAAGGGAUUUCUCCCCCUGCCUGUCCUCUUUCCCCUCCCUGCUCCCUGCCGACCCCUCCCUCCCCUCCCUGCUCCCCGCCGUCCCCUCCCUCCUCCCUCCCCUCGCUGCUCCCCGCCGUCCCCUCGCUGCUCCCCGCCGUCCCCUCGCUGCUCCCCGCCGUCCCCUCCCUCCUCCCUCCCUUCCCUGCUCCCCGCCAUUCCCUCCUCCCUCCCCUCCCUCCUCUCUCUCACCCUGCCAAAAGGGAUUGGGUAAACUCUGGAGCUCAGAGUCCAGCACGCUGAGUCAGUUUACCUGACCCCGAGGCCAAGCAAACAUGCCCUUCAACAUAACUAUUGGCUUUGCCAGUAAUGGCCAAGUAGUGGGAGUGAUUAUUUAAAAAAAAAAGGUGGAGUGUGGGAAGAGAAGGAAGAGGUUGGGUUGUCUGCACUGGGCCAAAGACAAAUGAUGGAGGGAGGACUGAGCGAGUGUAAGACUGCAAGGUGUUCUGACAGAUCUAGGUGUAGCAGAGUCAGAUGGACUUGAAGCAUCCUCAGGGCAGCUCCUUGGCCGGCAUGGGUGGGUGGGGAGGUGUAGUGGUUGGGGGGGGGGGGGGUAGUCCUGCCAGACGAAACAGAAGAAUGGUGGGUUUAUCAUCUAGGUGCUCCUGAAGUCCUUUGGUCAGGAGACUUUCUCCCUUUCUCCCCCCCCCCCCCGGGUUCAGUUCUCUGAAGUCUUUACCUCCGGGCAGUUGUCCAGCGUCAUUACUGACGCUGGGGGUGCCAGUACACCUCUGUCGUCUGGCUACAGAGAAUGUUUUGCUUAUUGGUUAUUACUUUUUAUCUUGGGCCUCCUUAAAGCCUUACAAAAGCAAUACAUAAAAUGAACUGUAAAUCAUUGUACUGUUUUUUCAGAGCCUCGGUAGAAUGUUUAAAUCCUAUUUCAUUUCUUAUUCCAUUUUAAUAAAGUUCUGUAUGUAAA